CAUGUGGACUAAAGGACUGAACAAACUGUCCAACUGAUGCACAAAAGACAAAGACAAAACCGUCCUGUUGAUGUGAAUAUGAGACAAACACAUCAUGGAUCUGGAAUCUCAUCCUGGUUCAGCAUCUGGACACGUUUAGUCCACGUCAGCCCACGGCGUCGGAGCACACAGGUUUUUGUACCAGCAUAUUUCACUGUGACAGGGUAUGUGUGGAUCUUUGGUUCUGGGACUAAACUGUACGUAACAGAUGAUCCGGUGCUGAAGCCCGUGGUGGGCGUGUACCCGGCGGCGUCCACGGCCCCGGACGGGAAGACCUCCCUGAUGUGUGUGGCCUCAGGCAUGUCUCCUCCUGAGGUCCGCUUCUCCUGGAAAAGACAGAAGGACCACGGAACUGAGGAGGAUCUGCCCGACGCCCAGGGAGAACAGCUGGAGGUCCAAGAGUCUGGACGGAGAACCUCCAUCAGAACCAUCCAUCAGAACCACAACAGCUCAGAUAAAUACUGGUGCACGGUCCAGCACGAGGGGGGCACCACCCACCAAGAGGUUCCAGCUUCAGCCUCCUGUCCUCCACAGAGAAGGUCAGCAGACCCACCAGCUCUGCACAAACCACAGCAGAAGAUCAGCCGCCGCCUCCUCAUGGACAGCGCUGUGUCCUUCCAGGUCCAGACCAGGCUGAAGCUGCUCUGUGGACUCUACACCGUCCUCAUAGUGAAGAGUCUGGUCUACUGCUGUGGACUCUGUCUGCUCAUGAGCCUCUGAAACCAGGGACCGCCCACCACCGGAUCACAUGACCACCCGCUGUUCACCGCUCGCCUUUUCUCACAUCACUUCAGCUCCUUCCUCACUUUGCUCAGGAUUCACACGUGGACGUUCCGACACGUCCCGCUCGGACGGACAUUUGGACAUUUGACUUCCACAUGUCCAACAUUCUAUUUACAGAUACUUAAUAGUUCACAGUUGAGUUUGCUUUGAUUUUCUGGAUCCACUUCAUUCCACCUCCAUCAUCGUCUGAAUAAUAGAAAAAUACACAUUCACAUCCAUUCACAUCCAACAAUAAUGAUCCCAUUCUUUUCAUUUCUGUUGAAGAUUUCAUUGAUUUGAUCGUAGAUUCUGAAGGUCUUUGCUUGGAUUGAUGUUUAUCAUCAGAUGCAUCUAGAGUUUCUCUGGAUUGAUUAUGAUGAGGUCGCUUAGAAAACAUACAAAUACAUAGAAACACAUGGAUGAAUUUAUCGGCUUAUUUUCAUUUUAAUACACGUUUUUUUUUCUCACGACCACAAAUCUCACACUUUGUCGUUUUUAUCAUUAUUCUGUCAUUUAAAUAAUGUCUCACGUCUGAUUUUGAAUUUGAAGUUUUCAGAUUUUACCAAGUAGCUUUAAAAUCCAUAAACACAAAACUUUUUUUAUUAUUAUUAUUAUUAUUAUUAUUAUUAUUAUUAUUAUAGAAAUAAUUACUGAAGUAAAUGUGAUUGAAUGCAGUUUGUUGUGGCUUAUCUUCAGUUGUUUUUAUUCGUUUGAAUGUUUCUAGUACUUGUUUGCUUUUUCUUCUCACUAUAUGUAGAUUAUAUACAAUAUGUUCAUGAGAUUCAACCAGUGGAACUUUUUCAAUAAACUCAAAUAUUGCAGCGUU